UUUUAUUUUAUCGUUUAACUUUCCUUGCCACUUUUUGGCUUAUUAUUUUUUUAUAUACACCAUAUACACUACCUUUUAGUCCGUUCAAGAUGAAAACAGUGACCCGACUGGAUCAGGAGGAUUACAUCUGGGCUAUGCGAUCAAACACCCUCCAAGAAGGUGGAGACUCAGACGUGCCGCGUCAAUUAUUGUUCGCAGAUAGAAAACCUAAAGUCGAUGCUAAAACUAUCAAAAACCAAAAACAGGCUGAAGUUAUGGCUUCUCUGGUCCCCGAUGAAGUAAUUUACAACGUAGACGAUUACAAUCACAGAAUAUACGAGGCUUCGUUUCUUUUUGGCGACGUUUCAGGUUUCACCGAACUGUGUGAAAAAUAUGCCAAAACCGGAAUUUCCGGACCGUCAAGAAUGACUCAGGUCUUAAAUAAAUAUUUAGGUUCUAUGGUACAAGAAAUUAUGUCCCACAAUGGAGACGUUUUGAAAUUUUCUGGCGACGCAUUUCUUGCUAUUUUCAAAAUUUCGGAUAAUACGUCUAUGAGAGACACGGUUCACGCUGCAAUGGACACUGCCUUAAUCAUUCAGAAGAACUACGGUUCUUACUUAACAGACGUUGGCGUCGUGAUUCGAGUGAAACUGGCAAUUUCUACCGGUCCUGUGACUUUCGCUCUCAUUGGAAACGUGUCCAAUUCCCAUUACGUGGUAGUGGGACAACCCAUAUGGGAUGUCAAAGCUGCUGAACAUAUUAGUAGUGCAGGUGAUAUCAUAGUUGCAAUGGUAGCUUGGAAAUAUGUUAACCCCUCGGAAUACAUCUACCAAGAGAUGCCUGACAACAUUCACAUCAAGCUUAUUAGUAUCGGACCCAAUUGGCGUAGCGUUCUGAAAAACGAAGUAAGAACCGAUCUAGCCGUAGACACUGGCAGUAUAGACUCAGAGUCGUCGGACAGCGAAGAGUUAAUCGACAUAAGUCGUGAAGGGGUAAUGGACGAGUUCUUCUUGAGACCCGCAGUGAAUCAAGCACAUAAUCCUAUAAUCAAAGACAAUUUAACAAAAUUUAUCAUAGCUCCUGUCAUGAAAUGUAUAAACACGAAUGAACCAAUCGAAUAUUUGACUGAAAUGAGACAAGUGACUAUUGUAUUUAUUAAUGUCGUUUCGUUCCAGAUCCAAGAAAAAGAAACGGUGAUUUUGGCAAACGAAAGUUACAAAGUUGUGUGCAGCGUUGUAGACAAAGCCAAAGGUUGCGUGAAUAAGGUUUCCCUUUUUGACAAGGACUUGAUGUUUAUCGUCAUUUUUGGUUUGCGAGGAUUUAAGUAUGAGCUGGAAUGUCAAAUGGCUUUAAACUGUGCCAGAGAGUGUCAUAAUGCCAUCAGCAAACUUGACGGAGUUUUAUCUACGUCUAUUGGAGUUACCACAGGUAAAACGUACUGCGGUGUGUUCGGACAUACUCUUCGUCGAGAAUACACUGUAAUCGGGCUCAUUGUUAAUAAGGCUGCCCGAUUAAUGGUGGCAUACAAAGGUAAAGUUACCUGCGAUAGAGACACGUUCUUGCACAGCAAACUAGAAGCAGAUCAUUUUGUCGUGCAAGAGUAUAAACCUUUGAAAGGAAUUUCUCACCCAGGACCUGUUUACGAGUUCAUAGAAACUGAUACGUAAUAUCAUUAACACCAACACCUACCAAGCAAAAAAAUCAGUUCGUGUCCUUUGCUUGGAAGAGAGGACAAAUUAACACUGUACUUCCAGAUGAUAAAAAUAUGGAGGUCGGAUGAUGAUGACAGUGAAUAUCCAUUUAAAAUGUUGGUGAUAAAAGGUGAGGCUCGCCAAGGGAAGACGCGUCUUUUAGACGAACUUGUUUAUAUAACGCCUGAAACAAUCUCAGUGAAUAAAAUUUUACUAACAAAGAAGAAUCAAAAGAUACCGUAUCACACAAUUCAACAAAUUUUUUAUCUCCCGUUGCAAAUAACCCCGGAGACAUCUAUAACGGAGAAGGAAAAUAAAAUAUUUUCCAUGUUGGAAAAAAUGCGAGUUCAUGCUAUGCUUUGUGCCUUGAACGAUGUGUUCGGAGUUAAUUUUAACAAAUCGAAAUUGUACACGUCAAUGAGCCAGCUUAACAAAAGGGCUGUGUUGCGAAAGUUGAUCAAGUAUCUAGCCCAUGUCUGCUUUGCAACACCGUGGGUGUUUGCAAUCGAUAACUGCGAAUUUAUUGAUGACUGGUCUUGGACGGUUUUCUCAAAGUUGUUUGAAAUAAAGAACAUUUUCAUUGUGGCUACGAUGGCACGUGAAAGUCUUAAUAGAUCUCAGGAGUGUAAGGAAGUUAUUGAUGAUUUGCGCAUUAAAAGCACGACCCUUAAACCCAUUGAGAGGUUUCACCUUGGAGCUCUGGUCUGCCAAAUUUUGGACGUGUAUGCCAUAUCUCCGGAAUUGGAAAAUGCUGUCCAAACUAAAAGCAAUGGUAAUCCUGGAUGGGUAGAAAGUUACUUGAUUAGUUCAAUUCAGGACAAAGCUCUGAACAUUAUGAAACUUACGUUGAAAGAUAUUCAGGAACUUGGUCUAGUUUGUCCUCCGUUGUACAUGAUGGCUAGGGUUGAUAUGGAAACUAAACAUAAAUGGCAAGAGAUAAUGGAGGAAAGAAAACUAGUUAAAGGUUACUUAGUAGCAAAAGACCACUGGGGAAAAUAUAUCGACUGUUGUCGAGACACUUUCUUAAAUGUUAAUAUUCGAGAAAAAAUGGAGGGUAUUCCCCAGGGAGGCAAAGUACGAGUUUGUACGAUAUCUGAAACGUUUUCUAGCAGUGAUAACGACGCAGAACUGUCAUUAGAUACCAUGGUUCUAAAAACAUUCGACAGUCUUAGUUAUUACGAGCAGCUACUAGUCAAGUGUGGCGCAAUUUUAGGAUACCAGUUUUAUCGAAAAAUGUUAUUGUAUGUUAUGUCUGCUGUAGACGUAAGAAAAGCGGCCUUGGCUGUUAAAAAAUUAUUCGAAAUUAAAGUUUUGACUUGUGCCAAAGGAGAUUUCCAAGAAGAAGGUACAGGUAUCUUCCAGGAAAGGCUGUUGAACCCUGAGGAAGAAUUCGAGCCCGCUUGCCUAUGUAGAGGUUUGACUGUUUAUGAACAAUGUAUGGAUUUACCUAAAUAUGCUUCUUGUGGUUUUCUGCAAUUCAGAUCAUCUUUGUUUCGUGAUAUUACUUACAAUCUCUUGACGGAUAACCAAAAGAAGGAAUUCCAUCACAGGGCUAUAGACUAUUUAGAACGUGAAACACACAAAUGCAAGGCUUGUGGUGGUGGGUUCUUUGAAAGAAUUUUGGGCAUCAGACACGACAAGGAAUUUGUUACUCUAAAAUGUAAAGAGAAAAAGUUAGGAGACGAUUUUCAAUGGGAAGCAAAGAGUAACGUCAGCAAGAGUACUGCUUACAGUGAAUCAGCACUGUCGGGCAGUAUCAGUCAGUUGUCUACUAGUGUUGCAAGUUCUGCAAGCGGAAGCAGGGCCUCACUUGUUACUUCUCGAUCUCGAUCGACGAUAUUCCCUGAUGUUGAAAGCAAAUACAGUUGAUAAUGUCGACUUGAAGAGGUUAGUUUUGAACCAUGCAUGUUUUUAGGUUCCGUAUCCAAAGAUCCUUUUGUUGGAAUUUCUAUGGUUAAAAAAAUGCGCACGAGUUUCUCUUUGACAAAAGCUUUCUCGAAAGAAGACUUUACUGAGUGUCAAUGCCGCUUAAUUUUGAGCACCACUUACGCUCAACUGAUUGAGCACUGCAACGGUGCCGGAAAACUUACCAAACUUAUCGCAGCAAUGAUGAAAUAUGGUUACAUAAACAUAACUUCGUCUAAUAUUCCACUGGCUAUGGGAACAUUAAACGAAGCUUUGAAAGUUCUAGAACGCCUUCACACUAGACCUGAAGUGACAGAAAAUCUCUGGAGAUUUACGUUAAUCCGCGCCAAAAUUCACAUUUUAAUGGGAUACUCGUUUCUAGAAAUGGGCCACUUAAACGAGGCUCAUGAAAAUUUACACGCAGCUUUAAAACAAUACGGCAUCAAAUUCCCAACUGGGUGGAGCAGGCAGAUGAGAAAAUGCGUCUACGCACUGAAGCAUAUUUGGGGUUUUUCCUUUUCUCCGAAGGCUCUAAUAAAACACCUGGACCACUGGGAAACCGUUUAUUUGAACGAUCUGUCUGUAUGCUUGUCUCAUCUCUGUACCCUCUAUAUGACAAAGAAUGACUGGAAAAACGCAGACAUGGCAGCUACUUGGAGUUUAACAAAGUCUCUAGCAUCUUUUAGCAAUUUUCGGGUGAUAUGUACGGCGUGUGCAAACAUGAUACAUUUAACACAACAUUUUGGAAGGUGGAAGAUGUGCGCUGCGUUGGAGGUUUAUGCGUUAAGAAUAUGUCACAUCAAACAUGACGACAUAAUGUCCGACGAUCUGAGGUGCAUUGCAAAAUUGUAUGGAACCAUUUUUACAUCCAGGCUACAUCGGGCAGAAACGGAUCAAGCCAUCCACAUGGGCUACAUCAUUUUGCGACUCUGUAAUUCGAUUAGUGCUGCCAACAUUAUUCUUCCUUUGCUGCCAUAUCUACUGACCAUUCUUUUAUUAGGAAAACAUUUUCGAAAUGUUGAUUCGAUUUUAAAAGACAUGCAUGAGCUUGGACAGAAUUCCUCCGACCUAACGGGUAAAGUCUGGUAUUAUGCUCAAUGUCUUGCCAUUCACAUUGAAACUGGAUACAUGGUGGUCCACUAUGACAGUUGCCAGAGUUUUUAUCAACUGGAAAAUGAAAACUGGAUUCACAUCCAUGAAACCGAUGCUGUAAAAAAAUUUCUCACAUUAAUGUGGCUAUGGUGUAUGCGAGACGAACAAUGGGAGCAAGCAAUGAUUUGGAGUGAAAAAGUUGAUACAUGUUUAGGACUUACUAAAGCAGACUCAUUGUCAUACAAACUCACAUCAUUGUAUGUGUUUGAAGGACUACUGUUGUAUUUAGUACACAAUAAAGAUAUUGGUAACAUAAUAGAAAUCCAUGACAUUGAAGAUCGAAUCAACAAGUUACUUAAGUGUAUUGAAAAUGCAACGAAACGGGACGAAAUAUUUUUUCCUAGGCUGUAUCACUUAAAAGCAUACUAUAGACAUAUUACACAUGGUGAUUCAAAAGUACAAGAGCUACUGCAGAAAGGAUUGGAAUUUGCACAAAAACAUGGCAAUUUAUUAGAUGCGGAGUGGAUUAGACACUCAAAAAAAGCGUGGAACAACGAACUGAAAUCAGCUGUCUACACCUUUUGGAAAGAACAUUCCGAUAUUGACAACACAGCAGACUUUCGUGAACUUGUGACCAGUGAGCGCGUAGGCUUUUUCAGCCUACCUACACCGCACUAUAAAUGAAACACUUAAAAAUAAAAACUAGUAAUAAAUUACUAUUAAUA